UGGAAUCAAGCUGUAAUAAAAAAAUAGUAAGUAUAAGAGAUUGUAAUCAUUGUAAUUAUUUUGUCUCAGGCAACAUAGUUUUCUAUCUAAGCGACGCCUUGAUUGUUAAAGGUCAUUCAGUUGAUCGUUUCUUCGGUACGCUGUAGUUAAGUCUAGUCGUUUACUGAUAUAAGUAUAAAACUCAGGCACUGUGGUAGAGUAUAACUCCAUUAGAGAUAAGAUUUCAUUUUGAUAAAUCACAGUGUUAUACAGUAAUAGUAACGAAACUUCAUCAGUUAAUAUUACUGUAUAACACUGUGAUUAAUCAAAAAAUCUUAUUUAGCCGUUUACUGUUAUGUUUAGUGGAAUUAGUUAUAUGGUUUGACAAGCUGUUUUUGAUACCACGUACUUCUUUUAUGAUUGUCUAAAUGACAGAUCUGGACGUUUCAACCAACCUUUUUGAUUUAGGUGAUGAAUUUGAGUUGACGAUUGGAUUUAAGCAAGUGAUUAGCUGUAACAAUUCAUUCAAAUUGGAUUCUAAUUUACAUCUAAAAGCCUGGAAAGAUAUUAAGGCGCUACGCCCAACUAAACUGUAGGCAUAUAGUGACAGAAGUAUUCAACUCACCCAGCCGAUUUAUUUUUUACCAUCAGCAAUUACAAAAUCCCGUUCGAAUUCUCGUGGGCAUCCACCGCAAGACUAAAAGGAGUGAUGAAGCUCCAAUAAUUAACUGGAUGUUCUUGAUUCACUGUGUUAACAAUUUUCCUGUAAUCGGUCUACUGUUUUAGGCAGAGAUGGUCGAGAGCGUGAUGCGGGUGUGCGGGAAUACUUGGCUUUAAACAGGAACAGUAGGUGAUGACGGUGAGCAAGAUAUUUUUUACCAAUGUGUGUAAACAGCAAAUGUUUCGCUCGCUUCGUAGAUUAGGAUUGGAAAGGGAUUCAUCGCGGUAGGUGUGUUUCUAACGUUUACCCUCUUGUUGUAAGCUGAUUUCAAAAAUGAGUUGGGAUUAAUGGUAUUUCCGCUUGAAACGAGCUCUUGUGUUAAAAUUAGUGAUAAUGAAUUGGUUCUGCCAAAAAUUACCGGUAGCAAAGUUAGAACCGGAGCUAUUCUGUGCUACAGUUUCAUAAUAAUUGUGAGACUAAUAAAUUCCAUUUGGAACACGACGCCUUUAGUCUUUUGGUGACACAUACAGCAUAUGAAACUCUUCCUAACUUGAGUCUGCUUUACAUUCUAUAAAAAGAUUAAAAUUGUUAGCAAUGCCAUAACUGUGGACUAAACGUUGUCCUCUGGUCUGAAUAUCCGGCAUCCCCGCCGGCUGGAAGAGGUCCUGGUGGUGCACUAUAACGAGUUGAAGCCCAUGCAUCACUCAAUCACGUUGACCUCUCAUACUGCUGUGUGAUGUUCUAGCAGAUGGAUGACUGAUUUGUCCGAUUCGGCGUACCGGAACAGCGACAGUGCCUUCUUUUUAAGGUAGGAUAGUUGUAACACUUGCCAAAGUGAUAUGUACUCUUUAUAAUUGCCGUAUAACUGUAUUUUUCCUGUUGUAGAUACGGGCCAUAUGAAUAUAAGUCGACCAACUAUCGGAAAAUGUAAAGGGACCGAACAUAAAUGACUAAACUUUAAACUUACUCUGUUAUAAUAAAACAGUACUGCUCACUUCCGAACUCCGUGUUCUUCCUCUCGUGUUCCAGUAUGCUCGUUUUGGUUGAUUGGUUAGUAUGUGCUGUUUUCUUCUUUAAAUGUCACUCUGUUCUUCGAUCUAUAGUUAUCCUUAGAACGGUACAGCCAACUAAGUUAUAGCAAUGGAUCCUAACCUUCAUAAAGGCUAGACACAUUUUUCUAAUGAAUUCGCCAUAUACAAAUGUUGUAGAUUAGUUUGAAUUAAGGUUGCAUACUACAGAUACAGGUUUGUUUUCAUGGUCAUCCUAUCCUUUCGGUCAUGCUUAUUUGUGAAGUUUUCUCCAAUGAUAACCAGCACAAUAGUAUGAAGCUUAUACUACAAAGAAUAGUGGAUAUAUGGUUAGUGUAUUUCAAGCUGUAAGGUAUAUUGUUAAUGCUCCUUUUUGGAUUCACGUCUUUGAGAAAAAAAAUAGAUGAUCCUAGGCGUGUACAUGUCGGUGGAUCAGGUUUCAUAUGGGACUUUACCCAAUAAACCAAAUCGGUUCACGGUGGAUAAACAAGAUCCAAGUUAUAUUAGCGUAAGCCUUUCAGUUGAAGUAGGAAGUAAUGUAGAUAUAGAGUGUCAAGAUAAUGCCAACGGUACUUCCGCUCUUAAUUCUUUGCAUUUACGCGUAAAUGAUAUUAUUGUACUAGGAAGCCCAUUCGACGUAAAUGUAAAAGCUAAAGUUAAUAAUGAAACAAGUCUUAUGUGUAUGAAUCACAUGCAGAAGGUGAACAUCAGAUCAUUAUUGAAUGUAAUGGUCAAGAGGUAUCGAGUUUAAAGAUCUUUCAAUUUAAAGUAUAGUAAUGUCCACGUGUCGAAUAGCCCAUACUUCAUUGAAAUCAGUAGGGAACUUUGACUGGAAAUGUUAGAGCUAAUCAUCAGACGACAACGAGCUUCGAAGGUCACACAUAACGAAAGGUACUAUCAAAGUAGAAAUCGAUAGUGACGAGAGCCACAAUGGUUCUUCAGCUGUACUAUAUCGUGUCACUAUGUCGGGGACGUAUACUUUUCCACUUGAAUUCAAUGAUGAACACAUCCUCUAUCCAUCUUUUUUCGUGUUCAGUUUUCCCAUUCUCAAAUUUGGAUGUCUAACAUCGUACAACGUCUUAACGCGUUCUAAACUGAUGUAUACACUGCAUAAUUGUUGGUAUUGCCUUACUUGUCCCCCUAUAUUGUUGUAAUUGUUGAGCAUGCAAAUGUAAUAGAUCAGAUGUCUAACUCUUUCAAUGAACUUGACACAAAUGAAGGAACCAUAAUCCUGCAUUUUAACUAGCACCUCAGGUGUGUACUUUCUCGUUAAAAAACAAUUCUUAAUUUGCAGAUUAUCUUUGCCUUUCUUAUUCAGUGUUUCUUUUUCUGUUUUGUAGGUGCAGCUGUCCAUUUCUUUCUAAACAGGCUUACAACGUUACCUAAUGAUUUUUGAAAAUGAGUGAUUUUACGAAAAGUCUUACCUCGAUAAGCUCUCCUGAUCUUUCUAGUUUGGAGGGCUCUUUUAUAUCCGAGGAAGACAGGAUUGAUUCCGAUAUUGAGGCGGACUUACUUCAAGCUACUAUCGAUGAGAGUGCUACUCUGAGGACAUGCUCUCCAGCCUCUCUACAAUCUGUUCAGUCAUCCAAACAAUCUAGCACUUCAGUGUUUAUUCGAAAGGUUCUCCUGUCAUCUGUAUCCAGUCAGCUUAGGAACGCUGUACUGAAAGGCACUGUUGGAGACCCCUCAUGUAUAUCGUUUCGUAAGUAUUUGGCGAUUGGCACUAGCAAAGGGGUCGUGUUUAUUUUCAAUUUACACCAAGUUUUGAGACUUUGUUUUGGUAACAUAAGUCCGACAAAUUCUCCUGAAGCAAAAGCUGGUGAAGGUCAAGGUCCAAUAACUGUUAUAAGUCAAAACCCGACUGGCACUUUGUUAAUGUCUGUUUACCGCAGUGGUAGAAUUGCAGUUUGGCAAAUUCCUGCUUCACUCUUAUGUGACGAAUCUGAACAAGAUACAAUAAAAGGCCGUCUUCAUGAUCCAGAUGAUGAGUCUGACAGCACAGGAACAGCACAGCAUGAUGACAUCAACUCUAGUCAAAGUUCUUUGCAACAAGAAAUUUCGAUGGCCCCAAAAAAGCGAAGUUCCAUUUCUUUAACCUAUACAAGUAGUUACGGACGCCUUUUAUGCGUCAUCAAUGAUGCACACGGCGUUGACCAUUCUGUCAGUCUUUGUUCUUUUACCACUGUUUCUUCACUGGCUGCUUGUGUCGACACUGGUGGAUCGGUAUUUCAACUCAAGUUCACGAAAGGAUUAGUCGGUAUGAAGGUUGAAUCCAUGUGCUUCUUUUCUGGAAGUCGCGUCGAAAUAUGUGCUAUGGAGGCUCUUGGAUUAAAUGCUGUGCGAAGUGAUGGACAUCGUGAUCCGAAACAGUUGGACAAUCAGCAUAAAGCAGCCAAACUUUCAGUCUUGUAUUCGUCUGCUCUUCUAGCUAUGGCAUCUUUUAACAAGUUCAUUAUUGUGCAAUUGCGUCCUCGCAUACAAGUUGCCUACUGGCAACCAUUAAAGGGGCCACCUGCACUUCUCCCUUACAUGAAUUGGUAUUGGUGUGCUGAUUCUGUAGACAAAGCAUUUAUUGCUUUUGGACGGGGAUCAGGAAUUCAAAUUAUGCAAGUGUCUAGAGUUUCUGGAUCAAAUAAUACUUCAGUGGAUUCUUUACAAAUGACAGAACCUAAUUUUCCAGACAGUUCUACUCUUUUACGUACAACUGCUAGCAAAAAUGAUGAGAAUCAACUCGACUUCAAAUUGUUGUAUUCCUUUAGUUUUGAGCAAAAUUUCCUCAAUCUCAAGUGGAUUUCUUACAAUCAAGUUAUCGCUGUUGAUGAAAACGAGCAACUUUAUUUACUAAGCAGUUCGACCGGUGAAAUAUUAGAAACGGUUGAUGUUUCAAAUAUGCGUCUCCAUUAUAAUUCUGAUUUAUUUAAAUAUCCGAGAAUUAGUCAAGCUCUCGCUUUUGCUGGUGAGCGAGCUUGUAUGCAUUCACUUACCGCUUAUGGAUCUCAGCUGCUGUUACUUGGUGACACUGGACUGUAUUUGAUUGCACUGCGUACGUGGAAUGAGAGCGUUACUUUUCUCCUACGAUGUAAACAACUUCAUUUGGGUCUUAGAUAUAUGGAGGAUGCAUUGAAAUCAUUAUCUGUAGUGAAACAAGCUGAUGCCUUGUCUACGCCUGAAAAGCAUGAACAAGAUUCCAAUAUAUUAUCAAUGCAUAAUCAUAUUUUAAGUAUUUUACGAGGUGAAGUGCUUUCUGCAUUACUAUCUGAGAAUGAAGAAGACUAUAAUUGGUUACCUGUAUCAUCAGUAAUAGAAUCCAUAGUUCGAAUAGCCUGUAUGAUUAAGCAGCCUGGCUUCAUAUGGUCAGAGUUAUAUCCAGCUGUUCGUCAGUUUCCCAAUUUGACAUCUGCCCUAUUUGCUGCUACAUUUUCUAUUUUAAAAUCACUGCCUCUUUAUGGACAACUUCGCACAGAAAUUUCUCAGUCUACACACGAAAUUAAUCCCAGACAACAGUUCAUUUAUCUUACGCCUGACAUGACCAAACAUUUUAUUAACUGGUGUUUAGAUCAAGAUGAUAUAAUGGAUCUAAACACAAAUGAAACUAAAUCAUCAGACAGUAAUACUUUGGUUAACAAAAGACUCAGGACGGAGAUAUGUCUUCUUCGUUUACACCCAUCGUGUUUGGACUUAAAUUAUGUUGUGAAACUUUGUUGGACACACAGUUUAUUGGAUGCCUACUUACAUCUGUAUACGGAUAUUUUGAUGGAUUUUGAAACACCUUUUAGAGAUCUUACAAUGUUCUUGCUUAAAAGUAUAGAUAGUUUAAAUGGUGAAACAGAUGUCGCAGUCAAAAACGAUGAUAACAGAACAGCAAAGUAUGGACAUUGUUUACUUGUCUUACUUUGUUCAGCAUUUGCCGGUGAAUCUUUCUGUCACCAACGUCUACCUGCCCCACUGGAUCAAGAUAUUCCUUUAAAGAUUUUUAAUCUAAUGUUGAGUGAAUCCCUUAGUAACGUUAAAUCUCCUCCUGCAUUUCUUCGAAAUGUUAAAUAUCCUCUUCUGCAUAUACUUCUGCAGUACAGUCCAAUCGAUGUGUUGAAUUUGCUUACACUGUCAAUUUCUGACGAUGAAUUCUUUGUUAAAGGAGAACUUGGUCAAUCAAGACGUCAACGUCUCUAUUACUGUCUUAUUCUUACGUCGCUGUCACCAUCAACUUUAUCCUCACCAACAUCUAAUGGAAGGCCUCAUGAGAAUGUGAAUGGUGCAGUGGAACAAUCAUCUCAAGUGAACUGUCAGCUGCAAGUGAUUGACAUUAGCAUACCUUGUCGGAUAUUUAUCUUUAUAAUACAUCAGCUUAGCUCAAAAAACAAUGAAGAAAUAAACAUUGAUCACAAUCUAAUUUACCAGCUUUUUGAACGAGUUUGUGACUCAUGUGAUAAACUGCCUAAAAGUCUGUUCACGGAAUUCGAAUCAGCAGUUAUCGAGUCAAUUGAAACAGGACGAUUAAAACACCUAGAACAGUGUGUUUCUAAAAGCUCUGAAAUAGGAUUAUACAAAGUCUGUGAACACAUCCAUCAUACUUGUGGUAAUGAACUUCUUGUUUUAAAAUAUCGAAUACUUCGCUUAAAGAAUCGUAUCCUGGAUAAACGCAAUGACCACCCUUCUGCAAGUGUAUCAAUCCAUUCAGACGCUGAAGCAGUCAAACUAGCCAGUUGUAUUUUCCAGUAUUUGGAACGCAGUCUAUGCCAUGAUAAUAAGGAAUUCAGCAGUGAUAAUGAACAGUUUAAGAAUCUUUUGUCUAUUUGCUUUGAACAAACUGAAGUUCUUGCUGAUUGGGAUGAAGACCGAACAUUGAAAGUAUUAUUCAAGUUGACAAAUGCUUCAAUAUCUGAACUGCUUGGUUUCAUCAAUAGUUAUGUGAAAGAAAAUUCAUCCAACCAGCGUGCUACUUAUCUAAUCUUACGAGCAUAUUUCAAAUAUCGUCAGUGUCAAAGAAAAGUUUCACAAGGAACUACGCCUAAUGCUUCAGAUGAUGAUGAUGGUGAUGACGACGAACAUGAAGACGAUACAGCUACAGUCUCUAAUAACUGGAAAGAAUUUCUGAAAAAUUGUAGCAUGGAUGUUAUGGAGUUAUACAUCAACUUGCUAAUUUGCUACGGACUGACAUCCUCUUCUGAUGCAUUGUUAAAUUUCCUAGAAUCGUAUGAUGACUAUCGCGUGGAUUUUGUAUUAAGGAUUAUAUCAGUGGAAAAGUAUCCUAGAGAAGUUGCCUACCUGUAUGAAAAGUCUGGAAACUUUACAAAAGCUAUGGAGUUGUAUGAACAGGUUUUUUCUGAAGCUUGGAAAAAGUUAAUCAAAACAGAACAUGAACUGGGAAGUAAUUCUGCAGAACUGACUUUUAACAACAAUAAUAAUUGUAAACUGCAUAACCCUGUAACAGGUGAAUGUAAUUCAAUGCUACAACAACUUUAUGCUGACGUUGAGCAAUCUAGUCAACGUCUUUUAAGCUUCUGUCAGCGUAGAUGUACACAAGCGAGUAAUCAAUCAGAGAUUGAAGUUAUAUGGUUCAGCGUAGUCGAUUUACUAAUGAAGUGCGAAUUCCUCCAAAAUCAUCCUGUGUUAAAUGCCUACUUGAGUGGCAUAUUUUACAGUGCCUUCUCACUAGUCAUCACUUAUUUGCCACCAGCUACUAUUGUAUCUCAUAUCUUGAAUAUGGAUGGUACAAAAACCACAAUGAAUUUAAAAAUUAAUUUACUGGUGAAGAAGUUUAUAUCGGCUUGCCAGUUCGAAGCAAAUCAGAUGGUGCUAAACAAACGGUUAGCAGGUCAAGAGUUAACUGUCAAGCAAUUUCGAAUAUUUACACAGUACAAAUGUGGUUUCAGUAAUCACAUCCUUAUCUGUUCAUUGUGUGGACUAGAUCUUCGGAGGAACAAUUUACUGACUAGACGAAACUGGAAGACAAGUGUAAUAACCAAUGGUGACAAAUCUUCGAAUCCAAAUCGCCUUGUAGUAUUCCAAUGUCGUCAUGCAUUUCAUGAAGAAUGUCUGCAAGAAUGCAAAGGUAAUGCACAAGCACCUAAGAUUCAGUCCUGGUCGUGUUUAAUAUGUCGACCUACAAGUCAUACUCCUGUAAAAAAAAAUGGCUAUUGUAAUAAUGAUGUCACACCGCAAUCAGAUGACAUUCGGUUAGACAAUCCUCCAAUUGCAUCAUCUGAGAAAAAUUCAAAUAGUCUACUAUUUUAGGACUCAAACUGGUUCGUCCAUAAUACGCACAAAAUUGCAUGAUCCUUUAAAGGCUCUCCUUGCCUCUCUCAUCACAAUAGAACGGGACUAUGGAUUCGUAUACCAGAUAAUGAUGUGUGUAGAGCUAUGCAACGAACACACCUGUGAUAAAUUUUUCGAAUCUUAUAUAAUACACUUCACUAAUUUUACAAGCUGAUUUGUGAUUUCUCCAUGUUACUAUAAUCAUAUUUGUUCGGUUUUUUUAUCCUUGUAUAUGCACAUCAAAACUUACAGGAAAAUAUAUUACUUGAUAACUCUUUUGUAGGCUUGGAUUUCUGAUAACAGGGUAAAUAUUACGCUAUGCAGUACGUUAAGUUCUCAUACUAAUAAGUCUUCCACAUG